GCGGAAAGAUCUAAGAAUGGCGCUACUUUUGGAAAAUUGAGGGGCUUUAGCCGCCCGAUUCAAAGGUAGAUAGCCGCAUAACAUCAACAUCACCAAUCGCGUAGCACGGCCGGCACGGCAGCGAAAUUAAAGCCUUUCCCUACUUUUAGAGGAAAUUUAGGCGCUUUUGGGCUUUACGUAUUUGUCGUUGAGCCGCGCUCCCUCUAUAACUUCAUGUGGAUAGCAGUGGAUAGUGCCAAUCUUUCCCUUGCUGAGGACUACGUCUCUCAGUAAAGUUUUGAUUUCGGCGCGUGCUCAUUUAGCUUUCGCUCACCGGUGCGCAUGGUUCCCCAAGUUCUAUCGGGUUUAUAUUUUAGCUUGUGCACCGCUCAUAGUUCUUUUGCUCAAGUUCAAGCCUUGACCAGCGCCAGCAGAAGCGGUGCAGUUCUUACGGUUAUGUAUGCUGUCUUGAGAUUUGUUGAUGACAACAGUGUUGCUGUUGUCCCAACCAACUGGUUGUUGAAGAAUAAAAAGAUGUGUUUGUGGCCGACUGUGCUGGGCACCCAUGAAUUGACAAAAGCUGUGAAACGACGUGCCCAUCUCAAUCCUUCUACAACGCCUAGCUUCAAGGUGAAGGUGAUCAAAACUACAGCAACAUACGAUGAAGCUCGGCAAAAGUUGCCACAAGCAGAAAAUUCGGACAAUGUCGACACAACAGAUCAAGAAAAAGGACGUGGUAAGCGGCGCAAAUACACACGCAUUUUGAGCUCGUCGGAUGAUUCGGAAGAGGAAGACAAUUUCAAUCUUCCGGAACCACCCUUCUCUCAAAGCACUUCAAGUGCCAGUAAUGAUGGCAGAACAACUUCCAGACAAAGACUUAUUGAAACAGCUUCUGAAAAAACCCAGCAGGCAGACUUAUCUGUGCAGACAGCUCAUCUAUCCUCAGUGGAAAAACAAAGAGAGAGUGAAAAUGACAGCUUAAGCGAAUCACAAGCCCCAGGCAGCCAGCAAGCUCAAUGUGCUGUGCAGUCAUUUCAGUCAGCACACCAGCCUAGGGCACCAUUUCUGCAGCCACGUCGUGAAAGCCCAUUACAGUGGUCCAUCUCCAGUGCCCAAGGAGGCUGGCGGAGAGCACCAGCUGCACAGUCUCGUUCAGACUCACCACUUUGUAUGGCACCAAGCUCCCAAGGAAGCCUUCCAGGAAUACGAUUCCCAGAGUUGCAUUUAGACUCUCCACGAUGGAUUGCACAACAUUCACAAGAAAGUUGUCUAGGAGUACAAGUACCAGCCGCACAGACAUAUCCUGGAACUGGACAUGCAGAAUUCGCCACGCAGUCUUGUCACCUAGAACUGCCACGGUGGCCUGCUUCUAGUUCUCAAGGUGAAGCACCCAGCCAUUCUCCGAGUGGUUUCUCCGUUCAAGAAGAACAAACUGACCAAAGUCUGCUGGCUUCAAUCAGGAAGGAGAUCUCAUCCGCUACUCGGAGCAUUUUGAAAGACAUGGCUGUCUUAAAAACUCAAAAUGAGGCCAUUUUGAACCUCUUAGGUAGUAACCGUGAGUGCGAGAUGGAUGAGCAGCCUGUACAGACAUACCCGCUAAGGACGGUUGAUGAAAUUGACCAUCUGGAACGUAACUUGAAAAGCUCCAGCAGCUCCCGCAGGCAACUGUGCAAAGUCCUAGGUCACAUUGGCGGCAACACAGUGCGCUCAACAACUGCAAACAUCUUGAAAUAUUUACUUCACGAUUCCGUCGCUGUCAUGUACAGUCUCCAUGGGCAAAAAGGAAAAAGAGCCUUGGCUGAGACGGAGUUGUGCCGCAUAAUUCUGGAGUCUGUACGAAAAAAUGCAGCAACAGCAUCUGCUUCAGACGCAGAGAUCCGUACAGGUAUCAUGGGAUGGCUAAAGAAUGCGCAAGCCCGUCUUGAUGCAGCCAUGAAGCGGGCACAUGUUGAAACGGACCAAUGAAUAAACAGUGAAAUGGUGGCAAAGCAGCCACAUUUUUCAAGCAGUUGUGUGCUCACCAAUCAAACCUAAGCUGUUACGUUUACUCAUUCACGACACCACAAGGCCUGCUGGUUGCCAUUGUUUAUGUCUAGUCGAGCUCUUAUGUUUACUCUCACGGAACCACAAGGCGUGCUGGCUGCAGUUGUUUUUGUCUAGUCUAGCUCUUAUGUUUAUUCUCGCGGAACCACGAUGAGUGCUGGCUGCAGUUGUCUUUGUCUAGUCGAGCUCUUAUGUUUACUCUCACUGAACCACGAGGCGUGCUGGCUGCAGUUGUUUCUGUCUAGUCUAGCUCUUAUGGUUACUCUCACGGAACCACAAAGCGUGCUGGCUGCAGUUGUUCUUGUCUAGUCGAGCUCUUAUGUUUACUGUCACGGAACCACGAGGCGUGCGGGCUGCAGUUGUUUUUGUCUAGUCGAGGUAAGCCACAUGGUUCCAAGCCAGAGCUUGACUGUAUUGUGGACUGACUACUUUUAAUUUCUACGCAGCUCUUAUGGUUACUCUCACGGAACCACAAAGCGUGCUGGCUGCAGUUGUUUUUGUCUAGUGUAGGUAAGCCGCAUGGUUCCAAGCCAGAGCUUGACUGUAUUGUGGACUCACUACUUUUAAUUUCUACGCAGCUCUUAUGGUUACUCUCACGGAACCACAAAGCGUGCUGGCUGCAGUUGUUUUUGUCUAGUGUAGCUCUUAUGUUUACUCUCACGGAACCACGAGGCGUGCUGGCUGCAGUUCUUGUAUAGUCGAGCUCUUAUGUUUACUGUCACGGAACCACGAGGCGUGCGGGCUGCAGUUUUUGUCUAGUCGAGCUCUUAUGUUCACUCUCACGGAACCACGAGGCGUGCUGGCUGCAGUUGUUUUUGUCUAGUGUAGGUAAGCCGCAUGGUUCCAAGCCAGAGCUUGACUGUAUUGUGGACUCACUACUUUUAAUUUCUAUGCAGCUCUUAUGUUUACUGUCACGGAACCACGAGGCGUGCGGGCUGCAGUUGUUUUUGUCUAGUCGAGGUAAGCCGCAUGGCUCCAAGCCAGAGCUUGACUGUUUUGUGGACUGACUACUUUUAAUUUCUACGCAGCUCUUAUGGUUACUCUCACGGAACCAC